AUGCUUCUGUCCCAAUCCUUCCACAGGCUACGCACGCGUAGCAGCUGCAUCCACGUGCCUUGCAAUCACCGGCACCACACUGAUCCCCACAAAUACAUUCCUCACACUCUUGCACCUGACUCAGUCCCUAAAUCCAUUGUUAUGUGCUGUCCAGCACCAGUGUCCAGAGCCGGGCUGGGCACAGGACUUGUAGCAGUAUCCGCCAACACUGCAACCAAGAGAGUUGCCAAACCUGCAGUCGCGCUUGUCGAGGGUCGUCUCGACGACAUUGACACCCUCCGUGUGCUCCUUGCAGAUCCGGACCGCAUCGGCAUCAAGAUGCCUCAGGGAGGUCGAACUUGCUGCGGGCUCUCCGUCGACCAUGAAUCAUGCCUAUCGACAGGAUGCAUUGACGCCAAUAUGACUAAAGUACAACGUCUGACCCCAGACAGAGGUAUUGCCAGUAGACUUGGCGAUAUCACUCAGAAGGUCAUUGAUGAGGGGGUCAAGGAAGCGCAGUUGCCCAGCGGAUGGGUCUAG